CUCUCACUCGCUGUCGUCUUUCUGCGUCUGUCUUAUGUCUCUGCGAUUCAGCUGUUACACUGUCUCUCUCUGCCGUUGGUAUGCGUGUCAACAGCGUAUCUGCCCGUGUGUGCCCGGUACCCGGUAUCGAAAUGUCUCUUGUUGUCUCGGAGGGUUAGUGGGAAACCAUUGGCCCCAUGCCACACCUACACACACACACACACAUACACACACUCACACCCACUCACACACAAGCACACAAACACAAACACAAUUCAAACUCUUGAUCCUAAUGCGGCGAUGCGGCCACGCCCUGGUUGAAGGCUCGUAGAGUGCGACUUUCUUCGUGUCCCUUGCCCUUUUCCUUGUCGACAGGCUUCUUCCUGGGUUUGCCCGCCGCCACCCUCGGUAUCUUCUCGUCUUGUUUUGAGUUUGAUUGGACCCCCCGCAGCACCAACGAAGAGCAGCAUCGGGGGUGGUCCCCCCUUCCCCUCCUGCGGUCCGGGGGCGGGGAUGUUUGCCAACCUGCACCAGCUAGACCUCUUUUCGAGUCCUUUUUUCUGGGGAAACGGGAGGGAAAGAGGACGCCGGUGGUUUGGAUGGCUUCUAGGCCGAGUCUUGGCCCCUCCGGGCCUUGUGCGAGUUUGUGUGUGUGGGUUUGUCUUGUCAUCGAGGCGGGGACGAAAGGGUCGUCGUGUUCGUGGAGUAGCUGACCGACUGAACUGGGGUAAGUUUGGGAUCCGGACAGAUACAAAAGGGCUGUGUGAGUAUCGUAAUCGAACAUCGCCGUCUGAUCGGAUGGUUCCCUGAGUACCUUCACCACAUAGAUAAACUCCAGGAUCACCCCCCUUCUUCUCGUGUCUCUCUUGCCUGCAAUUGCCUGUUCCGCAUCCUUAUUCGAACGGCAUUCCUGUGUCUGUGUGACCCAAAAGGCCCAGACCCCCCUCCUUUCCGUCUCCCUUGGCCGAAGUCUGAAGUGACGCACAUCCUGCAGCUCCCGCUGUUCUCCGCACCCCCUCACCGCGUCGAAUUUUCGGUGGAUAGCAGUCCCUCGUCAGUCGUGCUGUUCUGAGAUUCCGGUUCUCCGGCUGUUGAACACGGCCGAAAGAAGACGUCUUUGACGACGACGACAAGGACGACGACCGUUGUCAAGAUGGAUCGAACCUCCCAGGACCCCGAGAAGGCGGGCUUCGAGCACGCCGACGAUAUCAGGACCAGUUCCCUCAACGAAUCCCAAGAUAUCGAUAUCGAUGCCGGCUUCACGCCCGAGGAGCAACGAAAGAUCAUCCGCCGUAUCGAUCGCAGACUCGUCGUCACCGUGGGCGCCAUGUACUGCGUCUCGCUGAUGGACCGGACGAACCUGUCAGCCGCUGCCAUUGCGGGCAUGACCAAGGAGCUGUCUCUUCAAAUUGACAACAGAUAUGGCAUCGCCUCUCUCCUCUUCUUCAUCCCGUACAUCAUUUUCCAGCCGCCCUCGACCAUUGUCGUCCGCAAGAUCGGUCCCCGUCUUCACCUCGGCGGUCUCACCCUCUUGUGGGGUGGCGUCAUGAUCGGCAUGGGGUUCUCGCGCAAGUACACCCAUCUGUACGCCUGUAGAAUCCUGCUCGGCGUUCUUGAGGCCGGCUUCUUCCCCAGCUGCGUCUACCUCCUCAGCACAUGGUACACUAGAUACGAAGUCGGCAAGCGAUACUCGGUCUUCUACCUCCUCGGCUGCGUUGCGUCUGCUUUCGCUGGAAUUUUAGCCUACGGGCUUAUGCAGAUGAACGGUCAGCAGGGCCUCACAGGUGUGUUGACGUGCGUGCUCGGUCUCGCGGGCUACUGGCUGCUUGUAGACUUCCCCGACUCCAAGCGCAAGGACUGGAGCUUCCUUGGUGAGCGAGAGCGGGCGUGGAUCGUCGCGCGCGUGAACCGUGACCGCGGCGAUGCACACAUGCCGGCUUUCAACCUCCGGAGAUUUCUCAGCGCCGGCGCCGACUGGCGGAUCUGGGCAUACGCCAUGAUCUUCUUCAACACGACGACGGUCUCGUACGCGCUUGCCUACUUCCUUCCAAUCAUCCUGCAGAUCAACAUGGGCUUCGACGUCGGCGCCGCGCAGUGCCUUGUCGCACCGCCUUAUGCUUUUGCUGGCUUUGUCAUGUUCGGGACUGCCUGGCUCGGCGACAAGAUGAAGUUCCGCGGCCCCGUCAUUCUCAUCAACAUGCUUUUCUGCAUCGUCGGCCUGCCCAUCAUGGGCUUCCACUCGAGCGCGGCGGUGCGCUACUUUGGCGUCUUCCUGACGACGGCAGGCGCCAACUCCAACGUACCUGCCGUCAUGGCCUACCAGGCGAAUAACAUCCGUGGCCAGUGGAAGAGGGCCUUCUGCAGCGCGACCCUGGUCUCGUUCGGUGGUAUCGGUGGCAUCGCCGGCAGUUUGCUGUUCCGCGAGCAGGACAAGCCUCAUUACCGCCCGGGCAUGUACGCCUGUAUCGCCUGCAGCUUGUUGACCGUCAUCCUGGUUUCAUUGUUGACCCUCGACGCCUACUUCAAGAACAAGAAGGCCGACCGGGGCGAGACGGAGCUCGAGGCUGAUGAUGAGGGCGCUCAGAGAGGCUUCCGGUAUACCUACUAGGGUGUUUUUCGUGGACAAGGGUGCGUUUUGACGACUAAUAAACAAGAGGUUCGGUUCGGGGAUCUCAAACGGUUUCAUGAGAUUUGCUGGAUGUCGAGCCACCACCGCCGUGAGGUUUAUAUAACAUCCGGGUACCAAGGCUUGUGUUUAAGUCAAUGAAGAAUAAUGAGAGAAACGAAAGCCUGGAGAGUGAC